GCCGCUUUCUGGACUAUAUAAACCCCCUCCUCCCGCCGCUCGAACAUCUUCUCUCCAUCAUCCCUAUUUUCCCUUUGUUUCCUCGUAAUUCUCUUGUCUCGUGUGUGCCGUGUCCAUGCUUUCCCCUUGGCCCCCACUGCUAGUGUCACCUGGCCCGGCUGUGCCGCAGCUAAAACUAUUGGCGACAUAGUGACCAUGUCCACUUCCCUUCUUCCCCAAAAUUUCGCCUCACUCUACUGUCAAGUUACUCUAAAAUCAUGCACAGGCUGAGGUCCGCUACUGGGAUAUCUGGUCUUCUUGGGACUGUGGCUGGCUGAGGUUUCCUGUUCAUUUUUUUUGAUCUCAUUUUCUUGUUGCAUACACAACUGGCUAUUGCUCUACAUCCUAUAUUUGAUGUUUUGGGUUCUGCACUCCCAUCCUGCCAACACUGCCAAUCCCAUUCUUUCUGUGUCCUGGUACUUGUUGUCCUUAAUCUCUCCCUUUCACAAUCAGUUGGCAAACCCGAUGUUUCUCAUCUGUGGCGCACAGCAGUGAUGAGUGCCUCCCACUUGUUGAGAUGGUACACCAAUGAAAAAAAAAAAAUGCCUCUGCAUGGCAGAAACAGUAUCUACCUUGCUGCACCGCGGACCAUUACAUGUCAGGCCCUGACUGGAGUGCAGGGUCUGGAAGAUCUGGCUAGUUGCAAGAGUAACAUGUCCAGAGAACAAAAAAAAUCUCCCCGAUGAUUCAAGCCUCGCGGCAUGGCUCAUGCAUGAUGUGGACAUGAUCCAAACUGCUCCAGUGCAGGUGAAUUCUCAGUCACGCUAUGAUCCCUUUGGCCAGCAGCAAGAUACUGAGUCAACAAAGAUGGGUGUUCACUGGAAAAGGGACUUCAGCCUCAGCCUCGUGGGUGCUAAAAUUGACCAGGAGAGAAAGGGAUGAUGCAACAAUGCAAUGCAAUGUCCGAGUUUCCCCAUCUUCACAAAUUCACACUUUGAUGAAUUAACAGACUGAUUCACUAUUGGAAAUUCGUGCAUGCCAUAAGACCGUGCAAUGGAGCGGCUAUGAUCGCAUGACAAUCAGCUAGCACCCCUUCAGUCAGACAGUUUAGGAAAUAUGAAGCGAGAGGGGUUACGAUCUUCUCUUACUUUCUGCAGGGAUGGCGGCUGGUAUUGCAAGGUGGUAGGUGACACUCAUUUCCUGCCUUGUUUUACCAGGAUUUGGCCGGCCUCCUCUCCAUGGCACCACAUUUCUGCUGCACCAUGGUGAUUCUUCCUGCGGGGAAAAGGUGGUGGAAGCGAGCAGGUAGAAUGGCACCAGCAGGAUUUCUCUCAUUCGCCUGUGUUGAGGUUGUCAUAAGCAUAAAAGGCGCCACCUUCCUGACUAAUAGAGCCUCGUCACCUAUCUAGAGAUAUAUGUGAAUUAGAUACAAGCGAUGAAAUUAGAGAGCCGUGACAAAGCCGGGUAUCUGAACUUACCGCCAUAGCGAAGAUACUCUAGAUGCACCUGGUUUCUCUAUACCAACUGUUAAAGGCCAGGGCUAUUGCAUAUCAGCGAUCAUAGAGCCUAAUGGUGAAGGGGAAGAUUCGAUCUCUAUUCACCUUAAAUUCAGAGAGGCGCGGAUGAAACUGGAUGAAACCAGACACAAUCAACAAGCCUCAGAAUGGCUUUCUGCACUUGUCAACAGUGCGAAACAACGACAGCGUGGGAUCGAAACAGAGUAAGAUGGAUAAUAUUUUGAUAGUGUUCGAUGUUAUUACGUACAAAGAGAAUCAUGAAGAAUCGUGAAGAGGUCGCUCCUCUAGGACUUAAGUGGGUUGGCAUUUUGAUGGGGCCUGGAUAUUAGCUCGACCAGAUCCAGAAGAUGAUUAUUUUUCAAAAAAGAAGCAAGGCGAUUCAUGUCCGAUAUCCAACGUUUACUCUGUCAGGCAUACAUGCAGGUAAUCCUAGAAACGGGACAUCUCAUAUUGGAAGAGCCAGCGUCAUAUGAUCUUGCCUGGUGAUCAGGAAUAGUAGCAUGUUUAAUGAGCCGAAGUCGCACAUGCAACUAAAAAUUCAUAUAAGCCCUUUUACCAAAAUAAUUUCCAGAAUUUAGAAAUGCUAUUAUCCGGAGAACGUUCCAUCAAUCACGGAUUUUCAAGCCUAUGCACAGUCUCAGUUUCUGGGGGAAUCUGCGACCUUUCCUCCAACCUCUCCGCUAACUGCCAAGCUGUAGCUGAGACCAUUUUUCCGUACAAAUUCUUUAUGAGUGUGUACAAUGACGGGGUACCUUCCCAGUUUAAGAAAAAUAUGCUCCGCUAUUGAUUGAACUGCCACAGGUAAAUUUUGAGGUGAUGCAGGCGUCACAGAUAUCACAGCAACCUGAAGUAUUACAUCAAUCGGAGCUGAGUUUCUCAGAAUCAACUGGACUUUCGCAAGGUGUCGGAGGCAUUGAUAUACAAGGCUCUAGUUUUACAUCUGUAUUGGAAGAGGCAUAUGGUUUGCAGAACGCUGCGUCGGGUGCUCCGGUAACCCGGGAGAACGAAGAGAGCUCUGCUGAAGCAUUCAAUAUGUCCAAGAAGAGACGUACCUUUAGAUAGGCAAUAAUUCCACCGAUUGGAACCGAGAGUUAACUUAGUGCUGUGGGCUUUAUUACUGCUUCAACGCCAUCUUUGUGAGCAACUAAUUUACAUAAUCAUUUUUAUUGUUGAAUGGCUGCUCAUUUUGCUCAACUUUCCACCGAAGUUUCCUGUACAGAAAUUAGCUAUUAAU